AUGGGCAACAGCCCGGAAAGCGUUGCCAUCAAGGCGGAGUUCCUUCGAGCGCGCAAUGAGUUGCAGCGAGGCUACUCCAGUGGGAGCGCAGGAGGCACGGUCUUCCCAGCGCCUCCGACCUCCCUGAUUGUUGCGCAGCCUCCAGUGAAGGAAGCCCCCCCACCGCCGCCCUCCCUGACUGUCGCACAGUCUGCCGUGAAGGAAGCCCCCCCACCGAGCCCACCUGUGGAUGCAAGGCUUACCUUCCAGUCCCCUCUUGCCAGCACCGACUUCCAGCAGGCCUCCCAGGCAGCCAUGUUUGAGUUUGAGCGAAGCAUCCAGGCUCUGCGUCAAAAACGCAAGGCUGAAUUUGAUGAGGAAGAGCAGGCUUGGUUCCAGAAGCGCCAGGCUGCGCGGCUCGCGUGGGAGAAGCAGUGCAAAGAUGAAAUCGAUGAGCGCCUUGCCCGUUGGAGGCGUGAGGAUCAAGAGCGCGCAUACGCAGAGGAAGCGCAAAGGCAAAAAAUGGCAGAGGCCGAGCGGAGGCAUCAAGCUUCGCUGCAAGAGAUGGUGGAGAAGCAAAGGCGCACUUUGCAACAAGAGCGCGAUGACCACGAGGCCAGGCUUGCUGAGCUGAUUGAGCAAGCAAGUGCUGCUCAAGCGCAGCUGGAUGCACGGGCAGUUGCCCCUCCUCUGACUGCAUGCACUGCACUCGCCCUGCCAACCUCUGCUUGCGACAAGGAUGACCUCAAGGCCAAGCUCAAGGAAAAGACCUCCUUGUGCCGCCAGCUUUCCACCCACAGCCUUGAGACGCCGCCAGCUAGUGCCAAAGCCCCAAGCCCCGCUUCCAGCACGAGGCCAUCUCCUUCCGUGACCCCUCCCCCUCAGCUGCCCAAUCCUGAUGCCGCAGCCAUGCUGCCUGCGGAUGCGCCUGUGGGUAUCAACAUGGCCUUUAACUCCUCCACCCACCCGGCCGCCUGGGGAGACUUCAAGAGGGAGAACCUGCUGAGAGACUUUGUCCUUCGGUGCUACCUGCCGGGUGACACUGCAAGUGCCUCCAAGGCUGAUACGGGCCUCACUCUAAAAGUUAUGAAAUACUAUCAGCUACAUCUGAUCUCUCACGAGGCCAAGCUAACCGCCCUCGUGACCUUCCGCCAGAAGACGACCAAAUGGAGGAAGAAUCUUACUGGGUACAGCUGGAAGACCGAGCAUGAGAUGCUAACGGAGCUGAAGUGGCGAGAUAUCUACGACAAGGAGAGCAAGAAGUACUUGGUGCUUGUCAGGGAGGACGUUGAGUCAGCAGAGGAGCGGUUGCAAGAGCUCCAGCAGGAGAUGGCGGACCUUGGAAUCCUCGCCUCCGACUUCGAGCUCGGGGACGUGUUGGGCGAGCUGGACGGGGGCGAUGAUGAGGACAAGCCCGGCGGCCCGCCAAGGCCAAGCAAGAAGAAGGUCCCUGAGUGGCCCACGGUGGAGGGGGAGGAAUCCAUCCAAGAAUAUUUGGGACAAUACCGCAAGCUCAGUGGCUUCCUGACGGAAAUGGCUGGUGUGGAGUCUGGGCCUACUGGUCGAUCGAAGCAAGCCUUUGUGGGCGUGUGCGAGAAGAUCCGAGCUGAGCUACUGGCUCUGCAUUUUCAGGGGUGCAUUAUGUUCACGAACUACUAUGCCCAGGUGAAGCCACUUGGCUACAAGUUGCGUGUCUCCAGCAUGCAGAGCCUGGCCACAGUGGCCGCGUCUGCAACAUGUGCCCAUCCGGCAGAAUCGGAACAUGUGGAUGUGAUCUUGGAUACAUAUGUGGCCACUUGGUUGGCUGCUUCGGCGACGAAAGCCGCUCGCUAUGCUGCAUCAUCCUCCAAGCUGGCUACGUGGCAGCAUAACCGUGCGGAGAAAGAGACCCUCACCGAUUUGGCGCAUGCAGCUCGCCAGAAGCGUACUGGCAACCGCGUGCGAGACAUGAAGCUCCUGGGCCAUACCAUAGUGCACACUGUGCAGAUCAAGGGCAAAAACCGCAGGAUAGAGAUGCGGCCGCAUCCCAUGUUCCAGGUGUCUGCGUUCUGUUUGGUGGUCCUAAAGGGCCCUUACGCGUCCAAGCUGCUUGCUGGCCACGCUUUGGCUGAUGAAGACAAGUGGCGCACCACAUUCCGAAAGUUUUGGGCGAAUUAUCGCGAUGUGGACCCAGGUUGCAAAGUCUACACAGACCACGAUAGUACACUGGACACAUGUAUACCGGACGAGGGUGUGGGCCACCGUCGCAAGCCUGUUCUUCAAAUCAGCUUUGGACCGUUGCUGGCCAUUGGAGAGGCGGCUCUCCAUCGGCUUUUCUUGCUGACUACCUGCCCGAGCAAGCUCUACAGCAAGUACAACAAGGGCAUGGCCGCUGGGAACCGCGUCCUCGAUCGGCUUUUGCGUGCUGUGGGCCAAUCGCUUCGUACAGCGUAUUAUCGCGGUAUCGAUACGCCACGUGGCACUUUCUUUAUCGUGUGCCUUGGUCUGGCUGGUGACCACAUUUUCCAGACCAAGGCGUACCGGUGUGCGAGGCACCACACAUGCAACUCGAUCUGCCCACAUUGCCUUGCCAACACCACAACCCUUCCGUUUGAGGAUGUGGAUGUUGGCAGGGCAAUGUGGGUAGACACGACGUUCAGGUCGAUGCCGUGGCGGAAGCCGCCGCCACUUGGCCUGAUUCCUGGGGGGGAUUGGCCCAGCUUCAUCCGCUUCGACCUCAUGCAUGUGCUCCCGCAUGGCUGUGGCCGUACUUUUGUGGCCUCGAUGAUCGCGAUGAUGUGUGGCCCGCUCAAACUUUUCGCCGGCGAGUCAAAGGCGGCAAGGCUUGAGGAGGCGUAUGAGCACUUCUCCUUCUUUUGCGAGAAGAAGCACAUGUAUCCUCGGGACAUGCAGGAGUUCACGGCUGAUAACCUGGGAUGGAAGUUCAACCGAGACUUCCCGGAAUGUAACUGCAAAGCCAUGGACUGCAACAUGAUGAUACAGUGGUGCAUCGACUUCCUGUCAAGCACGCCCUUGUGUUUGGCGGGCCCCCUUCUCUGGGCAUACAAGGGCUGCUGUGGCUUCGACAACUUUUGCCGGCUUUGCUACAGAUCCAUGGAUCGUAUCUUCUGGACGCGAGAGGAAGCCAGACAGGGAUAUUCUCACUUGCGAGACUUCGUGCGUGCUUACAAAGCGUUGGCAGUGCGGCUCGGAGCAUUUCAGUCACAUUUAACUCUUGUCUCAUUUCUUUCGACCGUAACUCGGCUAUCACUUCCAGUCAGGUACUGGCAUGACAAUGGAUGGUGCCUCUUCAACAUAACUCCGAAGCUUCACUACGCCACCCAUUGGCUGUUGGAGCUACACGUCUUCCUGCAGUCACAGAAGACUUUGCUGUUGAGUCCAGGGGCUUUCGCUACACCACUCAUGGAGGAUUUCAUUGGCCUCACUUCCAAGAUUUCCCGUACCUCCCAUCCUAGCUCGGUAGCCCUGACUACAAUGAGAAAGUAUCUCGUGGAG